AAGGUUCAAGCAGUUCACCAAAGCGAAAUGAUCAUUUUUCCUCUUUCUUAAUCUUAACCAACCCCGAAGCGUUACGUGGAAUCAACCGAAUUUGAAGCCUAAAGCGUGAACUAUUGCGUGACUUGUGAAUGAUGAGAGCCAUGAGAGGGCUGCUCUUGCUUUUCUUGGUCUCUGUGGUGUUUAUUUGCUGCCACAGCAAGAAGGCACCUGACGGAUCAAAGCCAGAAUGGGCGAAAAAGGACAUUCGGGAUUAUAGUGAUGCAGAUAUGGAGAGACUACUGGAUCAGUGGGAGGAAGACGACGAGCCACUGGAAGAUGACGAGCUUCCAGAGCAUCUAAGGCCACAACCAAAAAUAGACUUAAGUCAGCUUGACAUGUCAGAUCCGGAGAAGAUGCUGAAGAUGACCAAGAAGGGCAAAACAUUGAUGGCUUUUGUUAAUGUGGAUCCAUCCUACCCGAGAGAGAAAACGGAGGAGGUCACUCAGCUCUGGCAGAGCAGUCUGAGGAACAAUCACAUCCAGGCGGAAAGGUACCUGAUUGGUGACAACAGAGCAAUUUUCAUGUUCAAAGACGGCUCAGUGGCUUGGGAAGCUAAAGAUUUCCUCGUUGAGCAAGAAGGAUGUCAGGAGGUUGUCAUUGAAAACAAAAAGUAUCCUGGGUUGAAACUGAAUCUCAAGAUGAAACGAGAAGAGCUGUGAGGCUUUUUGCAACAAGUUACCAAUUGUCCCUGCCUCAAAGCCGGAAUAUUGUGAGCAUAUUUAAUAAUGCCACACAAAAGGUUAUUUUUGCGGUGUAAAUAAAUUUAUGGUUAUCAUAUUUGGAUAA